UGUUUCAAUUCGUUGUGGAAGUCUGCCCGAAUUGAUUGUGUAUUUUUUGACUGGUCGGUCUUCAAAUAAUCUCAAAAAAAUAAAAGUUUAAAAAUUAAACUAAAAAAGUGUUAAAUAUUUAAAAAUUCAUUUUGUAUUGACAAUUCUCGAAUAAAGAGUAUAAAAAUGUCUGUAAAAAACGAAAAUGGAAACAACAGCGAUUACAAUGAUGAGCCCAUCAACGAGCCAGAGCAAUUGCGUAAACUGUUUAUUGGCGGUUUAGAUUACCGUACUACCGACGAAGGUUUGAAAGCCCAUUUCGAAAAAUGGGGUAAUAUUGUUGACGUCGUUGUCAUGAAAGAUCCCAAGACAAAACGCUCUCGUGGUUUUGGCUUUAUUACUUAUUCUCAUUCGUAUAUGAUUGAUAAUGCUCAGAAUGCACGUCCUCACAAGAUUGAUGGUCGCACUGUGGAGCCUAAACGUGCUGUGCCACGCCAAGAAAUUGAUAAUCCCAAUGCUGGGGCCACAGUUAAGAAAUUGUUUGUUGGUGGACUUCGUGACGAUCAUGAUGAAGAAUGCAUACGUGAAUAUUUCAAGGACUUUGGUAACAUUUUGGGAAUUAACAUUGUCUCUGAUAAAGAAACUGGCAAGAAGCGUGGCUUUGCUUUUGUUGAAUUUGAUGAUUAUGAUCCCGUUGACAAGAUUAUUUUGCAAAAGAGCCACACCAUCAAAAAUAAAACUUUGGAUGUGAAAAAAGCUAUUGCCAAACAGGAUAUGGAUGGCGGUCGUGGUGGCGGUGGACGCGGAGGUGGUGGCCAAGGUGGUCGCGGAGGCGGCCGCAAUGAUCGUGGUAACCAAGGUGGUGGCGGUUGGGGUGGCAAUCGCCAAAAUGGUGGAAAUUGGGGAGGCAAUAAUUUCGGUAACAAUGGUAACUUUGGCGGCGGCCAAGGUGGUGGACCAGGUGGUUGGAACAAUCAACCAGCCGGUGGUCCCUGGAACAGUGGUGGUGGUAAUGACGGUGGUUGGAAUAAUGGUGGUGGCUUUGGUGGUUCUCAAGCCAAUGGUAGCAAUAGCGGUGGCGGUGGUGGUUGGGGUGGCAAUAGCAGCGGCGGUGGUGGCGGCAAUUUCGGCAACGACUAUCAACAAAGUUAUGGUGGUGGACCUCAACGCAGUAGUUUCGGCAACAACCGUCCUGCACCAUAUGGCUUCAAUAAGGGUGGUAAUCAAGCUGCUGGUGGUGCUAGUAGUGGACCUCAAAGUGGUAGUUUCGGUGGCAAUAAUUACAAUAGUGGUGGAGGACCCGGUGGUGGUAAUGUUGGAGGCGGCGGCGGUGGUAACAGAAGAUAUUAAGUAUAAGGUAAAAAUAGAGCAAAAUACAAAAACUAUCAGACAAAAAGAGAGAGAGGCAGGCAGGAAAAGGAAAAACAAAGCGAGGAAGAGAAAUACGCUAGGCUCAGGCAGGCAGGCAGGCUUAUCAGGCAAUAAAAUAAAAUUUUAUUCAGAAAAAAAUCGAAAAAAAGCUUAAUUUUUUAAAGAGUAUCUUCUGUCUAUCGUCUUUAUAAAGAGGUACAAGGAAAUAAAUACCGCAAACGAUUUGAACACAGCCUGUGUGUAUACAAAUUGAUGUAACUCUAUUUUUUAGUUAUUACAAACAUGAGCAAGUGUAACUUUGUUUUUUUUAUGAACCCUGCUUUUAGGCUCUUAAGCAUCUUAUAUUUUUAGUAGAGUAAAUAAGUUUUUAUUUAUAACAGAUAAUAUCAUCAAAAAUACCCUUCAGAUAUAGAAUACAAAAAAGAAAUACUUGAAUUAUAAUUAAUAUUAACAAACAAAAUAUGUAGUAGUAUGUAUAAUUCUUUCAUUUGAUUCCAAUGUUAAAACCGCAAACAAAACCACCAAUCAAUUAUAAAGCUAACUACUCAUUUUAAUAUACAAAAUGAGAUAGACGGUUUUAUAUAAAUAUAUGUAUUUAAAAAAGGUAUUAAAAGAAUAAGAGAAAUCUUUUACAAUUGGACAAGAAACGAUUUUCAACUAACAGCAAAAUUUUAAUUGUUUUGUAUGUAAGAAAAGUACCUAUUUUUUGUGUACCCAGUAUUUAAUUAUAACCAUAUCUAUGUAGUCUGUACGCUUGUCUACUGGUGUUUAUUAUUUUUUUCUGAUAUCAAAGUAUAUAUUCGGAAAUAGUAACAACACUUGCAAGCAGCAAACGAAUAUACCUAAUGGUUUUUUUAAUUCCAAUUUCAUUUUUUAUAUAUAUAAUUUAAUUUCCUAAUUUGUUUUUACAAGCUAUAUAUGAUCAGUCUUUUUGUCAGUGUAUUUAUUAAUAUAUUAAAAAAUGAUUUAAAAUAUAUACCAUAAUUAAUUUUAAGACAUUUUAUAUAUUUAAUUAAAGAAAAAGGAAGCGUAAAAGAAAAAUUUACAACAUACAAAAAAGCGUUUUUAUGUAGUGUAUAUAUAAAAUAUUUUUAGUAAAUUUAGUUUUGAAAUCAUAUAAGCGAUUAUACUUUCAAGCAGAGAUUGAAAAUAACGGAUCCACUUUGUUUUUAUAAGUUUAAUUGCUGUGAUUAACAUUUAUAAUAGUGUUUUUACAAUUUAUCACUGAAAGAAACCGAAAAGAACACCAAUCUAACUCGCUACAAUUGAUUUUUAUUUUGUAAACAUUUUUGAAAACGUCUACCUAUGAUUUUUAUUUUUAAAAGCAAAACAAUCACCCCUAUUCUGCAUUUCGAUUAUGUUUACGCAUUCAGUUACGCAAUGAUCGGAAAAAGAUAUUCCAAGAAAAAACUGAAUCGAAAGAAAAAGAAGCAAUUCCAUUCCGUUUCAAUGUCCUACGAUUGUGUAUAUUCUGCAUUUCUAUCGUAAUUACGUUUUUUCAUUUCAUCACACACUACACAAACAUUGCAUUUUGUGCAAACACGAAACACCCUCAUACACUACACAACAGGCUUGCACAAACGUAAAAUACUGGUAUGUUUGUCAAGCCGCUUGUUUAGCCUAUUUGGCCCUUAAGUUAUUGUUUAUGGGGCCGAGUCGAAUCGAAAUGCGGAAUACCAAAGUUGUCAAACGGAGAAAAUUUCGAUUCAAAUUAAAAUGCGGAAUAGGUGCCAAUAAAUUGCAAAUUUAAAUACACGAUUAGGACACACAUGCUAACAAACUAUAUUCAAAAAUCAUAGCAAACAACAAUUUACUCUCCCACUCUCAUUUAAAUAAGACUAAAAAGGAAUAUAAAAACCAAGUGCUCAGCUAAAAACAUAAGUAACAAAACAAAAGUAGUAAAGUUUAUACUAAACCAUACAAGUAGAAAUCAUUUUAUAACUGUUAUUCUGAGUGAUUUAUUAAAAAAACAAAAAUAAAUCAAAAUUCAAUCACUUUUAUUAUUUGGCCCAGUUAUUUUCAGUUUCUGCUUUCAAGUGUCACACGGUUAAACUUACUCGUAUUGUAUUAUGUGUAUCUGGAUGUGUUUGGGACAUCCUAGACCUGGUUCACACAAUAGGAAACUUUUCUUGAGAAACUUUUGAUUUUGAGUGUGGGAGAAAGAGAUGCUUGAUAUUUCUUUCUCUAUCUGUCACACACAAAAAUCAAAAGUUUCACAAAAAAAGUUUCCUAGUGUGAACCAGGUCCUACAGAAAAUUUUAAAAUGAAAAUUUAAAUGUGGGAUAUGUUGUAAAAAUGUAUGGCAUUGCAACCUAGUUUUUAUAUCAAAUAAAUUACGAACACAUCCUUGCCCAUUUUCUUGUGUUUUGCGUAAAAAUAUUUUCGUAAGAAAAAGAAGCAAUUCCAUUUUGUUUCAAUGCUUUCCAAUUCUCUAUAUUAUGCGUUCCGAUCAUCAUUAACACAUUUUUGAGUGAAUAGCUUUAAUAUUUAUUUAUGAAUUCGUGGCUUUAUGGAUCUUCUUUGAGAUAUUUUAAUCUAAAACAUUUUUCCCGAAUUUAAAAUAUUUUUUGCAUUUCGAUAACUUCAAAUGGGAAGCUGGAACCUCAUGUUAAACAUAACACUUGCGAUAGUGUUACAAGUUAUCAUCUGAUUACAAUGACGCGCUCUGAAUUGCGAAUAACAAUAUAAAUGUAUUUUAUUAUUUAAAAUAACUACAGUUGACGAAACUCAAUCGAAAAUAUUUUACGUGAAUUAAAUUUGCAAACGAAUGCAAAAAUAGAACAUAUA